AAAAAUUAUGAGGAUGACAAUGAUGACGAGAUGAUGAGCGAUGAUUUGAUGGUGAUGAUGAUAAAAUGAUGAGUCUGCACGUGUUCUUCCUGGCUUUGACGCUACCCCCCCGGUAUGUACGUCAACAACAUCAGUAAAAGUCGACGGUGAGAAAAAUAUUGCCGGGUAAGCUGCGUCUGCCGGAUUGGAUGUCCGAAGAAGGAUGAAGAAAGAGUGCAAGUGGAUAUGUUGCCAAAUAAUGAAUGUUGUAACAAGAAACAAGAGUCUAAAAGGUUCGGUGAUAAGAGUGUGCCUGAAAAUUGAAUUAUAAAACUGAUUAUUAAAAAAACAAAAAAAAUACAAAGCCACACAGCUCAUUGUCGUGGUGCCAUGUGAUUGAUUGUUAGUGUAAACGAUUGAGCAUGUUAGCGUUGUUUUUUUGCAAGAAUUUAGAUUAGUACAAAUCAUUCAUGAAUGAAAUGUGCGACUGAUUACUAAGAUUUAUUCAGGAUUGAUUGAUAAAUAUAAGAAAAUAAUAAUAUUAUCAUAUUUUUUUUAAAUCAUUACUAUUACAUUUGAUGAUAGAUAGCCAUUUAGAUAUAUUAUUUGUCUGAUAGAUCAUCAACGAAUAAUUAAUGCUCUUAUUACUUAUAAUGUUUCUAAUGUUCAUAAAAUUUUAAUUUUUCACACAAUCGCAUUGAGUGCGAGUGUAAUGAAUGGAUAAAAUUUAUCUAUAAUGAAUAAGAAGUAUAUGUGAUUUUUAUGCAUGAAUAUAAGUUGUUUGCGUGAAUGUAAGUGAGAAAAAAGCUAAUGAGUACUUGAGAAUGGAACACGUGCGUAUAAGUGAAGUUUACUAAAAGUUAUAAAUGUUUGAGGUAUACAUGUUAUGAUUUUUUCUUGCGAAUGUGAAUGUCUGUUACUGUUGAUUCAUUAAAAUUAAUCUUUUGCUGAAAUGAUUUGAGUUUUACACAAAAAAAAUAACUGUACUUCUCCUUGUUGAACCAAUUUAAGUGAAUUUAUUUUGCUUUUUAAUCCCAACUAACGUUCCAUAUGCAAAAAGAAAUCCUCUUAAAGUUCCUGUAUUUUAUUUAUUUAUUUUUAGACAUUUUUACUAUUAUAAAACAAAAAAGUCUGUAGUUAAAAUAUUUUUCAUUCAGUCUGUGAUUGUAUGUUUUUAGACAAUCGUGCGUGGUCUCAACGAAAGUACCUUGAAUAAAUGGGCUAGUGAUUUAAUUAAUCUUUUUAAUAAACGUAAGUGUAAUCAAUUGAAAGAGAGAAAGAGACUGCGUGUCUGUGCGUGCUAGUAUUAACUGGCAAUUAUACGCAUAGUGGAGUAAAAUAUUUUAAUUAAAUAUGACAAAUACUAAAUUUUCUCUUCAUAUUUAUUAAAUCUUGAAUUUUGUACUCCGUAUCCAUGUAAAAUGCGGUUUAAAUUCUGGAAAAUAUUUAUCAAAAUAUUAUAAAAGGGAGAAGAGAAAAAUAAGCGAAAAAACAAAAUAACUUGAAUAUUUGUCGAAAUUAAACAUUUUGACGCUUGUACAUUUUAUUAUAUUUUUUGUGUCAGAGGAUAAACGUGACAAUUCUGCAUGAAAAAAAAAGAUUGAAGAAUGAAAAAAAAACGAGAGAAAGUAAGAGAGAGGAAAUAAUUAUAAUAAUGAAUUAAUGAUAUUUGAUGCUGAUGUUUGCAAAUGCGAAUGCCUGCAUAAAAGUUCGAUUCAAUGAUGUACCUGUGGAUAUGAGAAAUUGAGUGAAAAAAAUGGUAAGACAAAGAAAAGAAAAUACGAAUAAAUGAGGAUACGAAUACUGUCAUGGAAUGGCAAUAAUUUCAAAAAUUUCGUAAACUUUUUAGGUUUACAGAUUGAAGCAAAUAGCUGCAAGUGAAUUUAAUUAAUUUUGAUGCCUCUUAUUUAUUCUCUAGAUAGAAUUCCAUGUAACGAAUAACAUACUCCGUGUCAUUGGUGUCCUCAAUCCUCUUCUAAGUACCUUUAACCCAAUUGAAUUACCCCCAACAAUACAUUCGUACGAUUACUUCGUCAUUAUUCAUCCCCCAACACUUUUUUUACUCAUUAUGUCUAGAGUGAAACAACAAACCAUCAAGUGACUUCUACUCAAAUCUUAUUGUUAAACAAUAUUAAUUAUUGAUUAUUAUUUAAUCUUCAAGGUCAACCAGUGUCCUUAGCAUUAAAUAAUUUUUUAAAAAUCAAUAUAAAGUAUAAUAUUGAUCAUGAAAACAAUCAGGUGAUGUUAUUUUGUAGUUUAUUACUGUGGUAAUCAUUUUGGUUUGCUUCAAGAAAAGAUAAAUUCAAGUAUGUAUGGAUCUGAUGAUAAUCCCUCUCCAGCCAACUCGCAACCAACAGGAAAAGUACAUGAUGACGAUGAUGCUUUUGAUCUUGAUGACUUAUUGCCGAUUGUUGGAGAAUUCGGUCGGUACCAGAAGCAACUGCUCUGGAUGGUUUGUUUGCCAGCUUGUCUUCCAUGUGGGUUUUGUGCCUUUAAUCAACUCUUCAUGGCCUCGACACCUCCUCACUGGUGCCGAGUGCCCGGUCUUGAUGAUCUGGAUCCAUUUCAAAGACGACGUCUUGCUAUCCCGAUUACUCAUCAGGAUGGAAACGAGACCGUCUACAGCCAAUGUACAAGAUAUGAAGUCAAUUGGUCGGAUCCCACUGUUAGCUUGAUGUACAUUGAUGCAAAUGUCACCAAUACUUCUUGGCCAAUUAUUCCUUGUGAUCAUGGAUGGGAGUACGAUAUGUCAGUAAUUGUCUCUUCUAUUGUCAUUGACUUCGAUUUGGUUUGUGAUAAAGAUAUUUAUCCAACACUUGGUUUAGUGGCUUUAAAUACUGGAGGACCUAUUGGAGUUUAUCUUUUUGGAAAUCUAAAUGACAGAAUUGGAAGAAAAAUGUCAUUUUUUUGCUGUUUGGCUACUCUAAUUGUUGGCAGUAUUCUUACAUCAAUUUCCCGUGAUUUUUGGUCUUGGACUGUCUGUAGAACUGUUGUGGGUUUAACUAUUCCAGCUAUUUAUCAAAUUCCUUUUAUUAUUUCAUUGGAACUUGUUGGUCCCAACUACAGAUCGUUCGUGACAGUGAUGACUUGUUCAUUCUAUACAAUGGGACUUUGCAUGUUAGCUGGUGUGACUUAUUUGAUCCCUGACUGGAGACACUUGGCUCUUGUCACGAGUAUUCCAUUUCUUAUUUAUUUUUUAUACUGGUGGUUCCUACCAGAAUCUCCCCGCUGGCUCUUAGCUAAAGGUCGUCUAAGUGAAGCAAAUGAAAUCCUCCAAACUCUAGCUAAAGUAAAUGGUAAAGAGCUACCAGGAUUUUUCACCCAAAAACUCAAGCAGCGAAUGACAAUGUCACGGUCAAAGAGUGAAGAAGAGAGAUUGAGAAGUGGGCCAGGAGUGUUAGCGCUCUUUAAAACGCCAAAUAUGCGAUUAAAAACAUGUCUUAUAACAUUAAAUUGGUUUGCGAAUAACAUGGUUUAUGUAGGGCUAUCUUACUACGGACCAGCAUUAGGGAAUGAAGAACAUUUGAGUUUUUUCUUUUCAUCAUUAGCAGAAAUUCCAAGCUAUCUGGCCUGUUGGAUCGUAAUGGAUAGAUGGGGUCGACGAUGGCCUUUAUGUUUAUGCAUGGUCACUGCAGGAUUAUCAUGUGUCGCAACAGUACUUCUGCCUGAUGAUGCUGUGACAACAACAUUGAUUCUUUUUUUGCUAUCUAAAUCAGCAAUAUCGGCAUCAUUUUUAAUUAUUUAUCCAUUUGCCGGAGAAUUAUAUCCAACACAGUUACGAGGUAUCGCUAUAGGAUUUUCCGCAUAUAUCAGUGGCCUUGGAUUAAUUAUAAUUCCAUUUAUAACGUAUCUGGGUAGAGAAAAUUUAGUUUUGCCUCUUGUCAUUCUUGGAGCUGUUUCCGUUAUUGGAGGAUUGUCGGGACUCAGACUGCCAGAAACACUUCAUCAUCGACUGCCACAAACUGUGGAGGAAGGAGAACUCUUCGGAAAAGAUUGGAAAUUCACUGAUUGUCUCAGUUGCCCCGUCAAACCUUUAGCAGCAACAUCAUAUGAAGAUCUCACAGCAGGCGAGACAGUUGAAAUGCAGUCAGUUCCCGAAGUGCCUGAAGUUGAACAAGAACCGUUAAGGACGCCUACUUCGAAUGCAACUCGUAGAUUGCUCCGUCAAUCUAGUGUUAUGGAGACCCAAAAAGAUUCUGAUGGUUCUAUGAAGAUGACGUAUUGGUUUUGAAUUAUUAUCACCUCAAAAUAAAGUCAAGAUUAAUGAAAA